AAAGUACGUGACUCAUAAAAAAAGUAGAAAAAAACUCCCUAAAUUGAAUCAAAGAGAGGAAGUGCUAAGCAAAUACAGGAACUAAAAGAAGAACUAGAGAGUGCUUCAUGCAGUCUCAGUUGCUUUGUGGUCUUCCAACCCUCCGACCUGUUGGAGUUAGAGACUGCAGACACUUGGGUUUGUGACGAUGGAAGAACUGGAUGCUUUGUUGGAAGAACUGGAACGAUCUUCCCUGGGGGAAAGUAAUGAGGAUCCCGAACCUCUCCUGCAACCCAGCAAGGAUGGGAAGGUGGUGGAAGCAGCCAAGGCCUGUCCAGCCGCAGAGGACUCACAGCCCAUGCCGGCGCAGCUGAUAUAUACUACAAAGAUUGAAGAGGACAAUGUCUACAGUGACAUUCAGGAACCAGAUGACCGGCCGCUGCCUCAGGCCACCUCAGCAGCCGCUCAGCUAGAUGAGCUCAUGGCUCACCUGUGUCAGAUGCAGGCCAAGGUCAUGGUGAAGUCUGACGGCCCCAAGGAGCCACUGCCAAAGAAGAAAGAUUCCAGCACCAACUUGGACACUAUGCUUGGGGGUUUGGAACAGGACUUGCAAGACCUUGGCAUUGCCACCAUCCCCAAGGGCCACUGCGCUUCCUGCCAAAAACCCAUUGCUGGAAAGGUGAUCACAGCUCUAGGGAAGACCUGGCAUCCAGAACAUUUUGUCUGUACGCACUGCAAAAAGGAAAUCGGCUGCAGCAGCCCCUUCUUUGAGCGCAGUGGCCUGGCAUAUUGCUCCAAGGACUACCACCAGCUCUUUUCUCCCCGGUGUGCAUACUGUGCUGCCCCCAUUCUUGAUAAGGUGCUGACAGCAAUGGACCAAACCUGGCACCCAGAGCACUUCUUCUGCUUCCGCUGUGGAGAGGUGUUCAAUGAGGAAGGAUUCCAUGAAAAGGACAAGAAGCCAUACUGCCGGAAAGAUUUCUUAGCCAUGUUUGCUCCCAAGUGUGGAGGCUGCAAUCGUCCUGUGUUGGAAAAUUACCUGUCUGCUAUGGACAACGUAUGGCACCCUGAGUGCUUCGUGUGUGGGGACUGUUUCCAGGCUUUCUCCACAGCCUCCUUCUUUGAGCUGAACGGGCAGCCUUUCUGUGAGCUGCACUACCAUCAGCGGCGAGGAACCAUCUGCCACGGGUGCGAGCAGCCCAUCACUGGCCGCUGCAUCAGCGCUAUGGGGCGCAAGUUUCAUCCGGAGCACUUUGUGUGUGCAUUCUGCCUGACACAGCUGUCCAAGGGCAUUUUCCGAGAGCAGAAUGACAAGGCCUAUUGUCAACCAUGCUUUACUAGGCUCUUCCCUCUCUAGCUCCAACCUCCAACCUGCUCCUUGGGCCCUCCUGAUAUCACCCAGGGCUAGAGAGGAGAAGGGGGCUGUGAAACAACCCACAGAUCCUCUCAGCAGGCUGAUAAGGAGGGCCGGGGGGGGGGGAGUGAGGAGACAUGGCAGGUGCAUUUAGUUUUUGAGAUUACCCGUGUGGGCGGGACUAAGUCAGGCAUGCCGAUCACCUUAAGGCCACCUUUUCUCACUUACUUUACUCUCUUUUAUAUAGCUCCUGGGGCUGCUGGAAUUUCGACUAAUUCAGACAUUGCAGGGGGUUUUGGGGGGGGAUAGUUCUUAAUUGUAUGCUCUUGGAUACCAGUCUCAUUGAAAAAUAAAAUAGCUUGCUGUUGUGAUUUA